AUGGGUAUCUAUACUUUUAGAGGACAACUUACUAAUCGAUAUCCAUUAAUUUUAAAGAGUCUAUCUGAAAUACCAUAUCCUAAAUACAAUUGUUUAUUCAUUGACGCUUCAUUAUUAAUUGUUAAAGGAAUUCGUUCUGGAGUUCAGACAGAGUUGCGUACAGCAAAUGUCCGCCAGUUGUUCAAUAAUAUUGUGCAUCUCGUACAGCCAUCAGAUUUAAUUUUUAUCGCUUUUGAUGGUCCAUUUUCUAAUGCAAAACAAUAUACAGUAUUAAGAAGAAGAUAUGCUGAUAAAUCAAUGCCAAUCGAAGCAUGGAAUCAGAUAUUUGAAGAUGACCUAAAGAGAUGGAUUGAAGAACUUAUUAAUUUUGAUGAAUAUUGGCAGAAGCCAAGGGUCAUAUUUUCAGGUUCAAAAGUUCCAGGUGAAGCUGAAACGAAGAUCUUUGAUUUUCUUCGUCAAGAAAUACACAAACCAGAAUGGGAUCCAAAUAAACGCCAUUGUAUCGUGACAAAUGAUUCUGAUUUAAUCCUGAUGUCUUUGAGAUCACAUAUUCCAAACAUUGACAUUUAUAACGAUAUAUACCAAAACAAAAUUAAGAACGGAAUGUUAGAGCCUUAUAUUUCUUUCAGUGCAGGAAGUGUUGAUGUUAUAAAUAUCAACUUACUUCGAGAAUACCUUUUUCAUGAUUUUGGAAUCAAUGAUGAAAGAAUUUUCGAUGAUUUUGUUCUUCUCGUCAAUUUAUAUUCCAAUGAUUAUCGCCCAAAAUUCGAUUCUGAUUUAUCUAAAAUUUCUAUUGAUGACCUUAUUGAAACAUAUAAAUCAGAACCUUCAUGCAUAUUUAUUACAGAGAAAGAUAACGUCAAUUUGGAAAAACUCAAGAUUUUCAUUAUGAAAUUCAUGGAAAGAAAUUAUCUCCAAGAGAUUCAAAAUCAACAGCAAAACAAAACAUCAGAAAAUCAGAAUGAUAAUACAACCAAAAUCGAAGAGAAUCAUCUUGAUUUUGAAUCAUAUAUUAAAUCUAAAAAAGACGAAUAUUUUUCAAAAAGAAAAACAACUCCUGAAGAAACAGAAAAGAUUUCACAUUGUUUGAUUGAUAGUAUCUUAUUCACAUACAAGGAAUAUUCAUCAGGAAUUCCAUCAUGGUCAUGGAUAUACAAAUAUCAUUUCGCACCUCCUUUAUGUGUAGUUAUAGAUUACAUAGAUACAUUCAAAUCAGAAUUAGUUCUUGAUGAACCAAUGAAUUUGUUAUAUCAAGACAUAAUUACACCAUAUCAGCCGAUGAAAGAAAUUAAGCAAUUAUUUGAUGAUGUAAGGAAUAAUGACGAAUAUAUCAAAUUAUUUUUAGGUCACCCUGUAGAAAGAGAUGAAACGAAUGGACAAUUUUCAAUUGAAAUUCCAAAUUUGGAUCGUAUCAAACAAUCAUUAGCUCCAUAUUUGGACAGAAUUACAUCAGAAUAUGAAUUUCUUAUAAAACCAGAGAAUUCAAUUGACAUGAAAACUAAAGAAGAAAUUCCUUUGAAUUGUCAUGAACCUUUCCCAUCUGUUAAUUUAUUAACAGAAUUACCAAAUGAUGUUCCUUCUUUUAAUCCAUUUGAAAUUUCUCUUGAAAAGAAAAUUGUUCAAAACAAGCAAUAUAGUAGUAUUUUUCAUGAUGCUGUUGUUAAAUCAGGAAAAAGAUUAGGUGAUCCAAAAGAUUUCCUCAAUAAAAGAGUUCUUGCUCAAUGGCCAUAUAGAACUAUUUGCAUUGUUAUGGAUAUUGUUGAGAAACCAAAUGAUUAUAAAAUUAAUAUUAAAUUGGAUGAUGAUGAAAAGUUUGUUUCUUUAUUGCCAAUUGAUCCACAAACUAAUUUCGAAGUUAGAAAAGAAUUCAUUUAUCCAUGGAGUUUAACAAUUGAUCCAUCAGCAGAAAACAUGAAAAUCAUGCCUAAAGAAUAUGAAGCAGAUGUUCUUUUAACUCGUCCAAGAAAUAAAAACUGGGAAAGCUUUCGAUGUCUUUCAUAUUUAUUCCGAGAAGUUAAAUGGCGUGAUAUAGAUUUUCGAUAUAUUUGGGCAGAUCUUGGACUGUGUUCAUUUGGAUGUUGCACUCCUUUUUACUUGUCAUUUUAUGACAAACAAAUAUAUGUUGACAAGAACAAGAUAGAGAAAUAUAUUGAUUUGUAUAUACGACAUGUCCCAAAAUCAUGCUAUUUAAGAGAUAAAGAACUUACAGAACAAGAUGUACGAUAUCUAGAGGAGAAUUAUGAAAUUGUGAGUGAUACGAGGCACGAUGAGCUCCCACCAGUUUAUCUUUUAAGUUUGAAAACAUAUUCAAAAACAGAUGUCGAAUGGUUGGAAAAGAAUUCAAAAUUGAAAUUCGAACACAAGAAAAUUCAAUACACAGGAUUUGAACUCCACAAUGAGCCAAAACUCGGUGAUACAGUUGUAAUUACAGAUAACAGAUCAAUUGCUAAAGAAGGAACAUCAGGAAUAAUCAUCGGAUAUGACAAAACAACCGAAGAAGCCUGGAUAUAUGUCCGAGGAUCGAAAAACUUAACAGACCUUGGCCAUGUUUUAUCACAGCGCUCUGGAGUUAUUGUUUCAAGAUCAUCUUUUAUUAUAAUGAAUUAA